CCAUAUUCGAGCACCGUUCGGAGCGUGGUCACGCCCAUUCUGUACACUUAGAAAUACGGUUCAUUUCUUUACAAAAGGAACAUGGAAUAUUAGUGUUGGGUCGAUCGAGAGCUAGUAUAUCGACAAGCAAUGGAGGAAAAGAGUUUUCAUUAUUUAGUUCUGUUCACAGGACUGUUUCUUUGCCUGUUACACAGUGACGGGGUAUCAUCGAGCUGCGAUAACAUCAAUCAGAUUGAUUUUGCGGAAAUCACCUAUGAACCGGAGGGUUUAGCACCCCACCCUGACGGGACUGUUGCGAGUAUUGAGUGUGGUGUCUCUUAUCAGAUUCUGCCCACGGCUUUUGAGAGAACAACAUGCACCGAUGGAUCGUGGACAGGACCGUUGCCCCAAUGCAGACAUGUUCGAUCUUGCAUUGUUCCUCCUUAUCCAAGAGAUGGUUGGUGGCAAAAUGCUAAUGAAUAUCCACAAGGAACAAGUGUACCCCACAAUACAAGACUGCAGUUGGGAUGUAACUGGCGAUUCGAUGAGAGACGAAGCAGUGUGAAAUGUAAUGAUGGAGUGUGGUCUGAUAGUGAUGAAGUACAUCGCCUUUGUCGAGGAACUCCAUGCGAAGUGAGGUGGUCCAGUGAUGUGGCGUUGAACAUAACAUACGAUCCACCCGUCUCUAAUGAAGAUCGGCUCAACCACCUUAUUCAACAUGACACCAGAGUACAUUAUGACUGUGCAUGGGGCUAUCGCCUGCGAGGGGUGACUGAGAGAAGAUGCGAGGAAGGCAGCUAUAACCAUAAUAUCCCCAGAUGCGAGCUAGUCCCAUGCCCAGCGGAAGAUGUAUCCCAUGGGAGAUUAACUUACACAACCCCUGAUGGAGUUCAUCAUGAAAACCCACUUCAUGGAGACACCCGGCUCCUUCGAUGCGGUUCAGGUUACAGAUCAAGAAGCUUCAGUAUGAGUCGAUGUGAUAAUGGAGUAUGGGUCGAAGGCAGUCAUGAUAUCCGCUGUGAUCCAAAGCCGUGCGACCCUAUCCCAGACACAAUGGGUCGUGUUGACUACACCGGAACAGCUCAGGCAAAUGGGAAAUACAGCUAUGGAACAGAGGUAACUGUCAACUGUGAUUCGGGAUACCUUCCUGCAUAUGGUAAUGGAACUGCAGUCUGCAAUGCGUCACAGUGGCUGACAGUUAUUCCUACGUGCACACAAUCACGUAACAUCAUCCUAGACUCACAUACAUAUGUCUCUCAAACACCACCUAAGAGAAUGAUAGCCAAUGCAUGGUUGGCCAGGGACGGUAAUACCAACAGUGCUCCGCAGUAUUGCUCAAGAACACAGGUGACUAAUAAUCCAUGGUGGAAGGCUGUCAUGAAGGAUAUCUAUAAUUUCACCGGUGUGAAAAUUUACAAUCGUCUUGACAGGGAAGAACACAGAUAUGAUCUGGUGGGUGCAGAAAUAAGAGUUGGAUUGAAUGACUAUUACACCACAAACAUGUUGUGCGGAGAGCCAGUCACCCGACGCCAAAUUGAGAGUAGUACCGAGGCAAGCCAUGGGAUCCCCAUAAGAUGUGUUGGAGAAGGUGUCACCGGUGUCAUCGGUAAUGUCAUCAGUGUGCACAUUCCAACAAUAAAUAACCAGAAGCGAGAACUCAGUCUGUGCGAAGUUGAGGCCUAUCAACAAGGACUAUCUAUAUCAGUGAAUGGUGCCGAGAAUGGAAUGCGGGUGGGAUGUGUUGUCCCUCGUGUGGAGAAUGCUGUGGUCUUAAGCACUAAUGUUGCCACACAGCAGGUUCUAUUGGAAGGUGAGGAGGUCAGAAUUUCAUGUCACGCCCGUCACGUCCUCAGAGGCUCGGACACUAGACAUGUUGAUCUUACCUGUCUCGGUGAUUCAUCCUGGGACCAAGAUAAACCCGUAUGUGAGCCAGAAACGUGCACUGUUGAUCGCCUAUUUAAUGGUGGUUUUCUAAAUGGUAAAAUCUUAUACAACCACGGUGAAAACAUCACUUUCACUUGUAAUCCUGGCUAUGAGAAAGAACAUGAUAGGUAUUGGUGUGAUAGGAGAAUUACAGUCCCAGGCAAUCCAAGGUGUAUUCAAGCAUCUUGCCAUGCUCCAGACCUUCCGGAUCAUAUGGUAUCUUCACAAUCACAACCUCACUUUCCUCAUGGUACGUUGCUCGAUGUCUCAUGUGAAUACGGGUUUCAGCUUAGUAGGAACCAAGAACAGCUAAGAUGCUAUAGAGGUGGCUGGAGCACACCCUUAACGGCAACAUGUCAGAGAGUGUCAUGUGGACAUCCAGUGAGGGCCUCUUAUAGCAUCAUUGAAAUACUACCAGGGGUACAAGGAUAUGUGCAGGGUACCAGGGUCAGGUAUAGCUGCAGUGAAGGCUGGGAAAUCGAAGGGAUUACAGAGAGAGAGUGCGUCAAUGGACAAUGGACAGGUUCUACGCCAACAUGCAGAGUAGCAGCCCCUCCUCGAUGCAUGCUCCCAGACAGAUCGAGCGGACAGCGUUACUCAAUAAGAGGUUUUAUAGGGAAUAUCUUUGAUGAGGGUUUGCCCAUUGGUGAGCGUGUAUCCAUUUCUGUUAGUUGUAAUCAAGGCUAUACAGCUCAGCCGUCAGUGCAGACAGCAUGUUUAGAGGGAGGAGUAUGGUCAGUCGCUGUACCGAUAUGUGUAAGGAUUGAAAGGUUGUGUCCUAGCCCUGGAUACAUUUCUCACGUUGUCCAGUAUGUGAACGGACUAGAGACGAACAGACUUGAUACUUACCCUAAUGAUGAGCUUCCUGAAGGGACGUUUCUAGUGUCUCGUUGCUCACUCCCUGGACAGUACGUGUUGCGUGGUAGUGCAAAUAGAACCUGUUCUGAUAGCAGCUGGACAGGAGAGGAACCUAGAUGUGAUGAUGCAGACACUACGAUCAGCUUUCAAAACGACCAGCCCCUUGACGUCAGGAGUAAUGGAACAAUAGUCAUUCAUCCACGCAGUCGACUCUACAUUUCUUGUCGCGUGCCUUCCCAUAACGUAGCAAGAUUUGAAUCAGAAAAUGGACCGUUUGCUGUUUAUCGGGGACAAGGGCUAUCAACAAUGGUAAUGAGUCUAAACCCACCACGUACGUCACAAUCUGGGCGUUUCACUUGCCGGUCUAAUGACUAUACUCCUCCUCACACUGUCUAUGUUCAGUUUGCUGAGAUAUAUUGUGACCGUCCUACGGCACCAACCAACGGUGAAUUCCAAGACUAUGACUACGGUUGGGAAUAUGGACGAUUUUACAUGGGCAAGGAGAUCUCAUUUGCUUGUAACGAUGGCUACAUUCUUGAUGGCGAAAGGACAAUGACCUGUGUGCUUGGGGAGUGGUCACAUCCUACUCCAAGAUGCCAAAGGCACAGAGCAACAUGUGAAGAGCUACAUCCCCCAACCCAUGGAACCAAGGUAGGAGGGAACAGAAUAGGUGACUCUGUGCUCAUAGGAUGCAACCAGGGAUAUCAGUUACAAGGAGAGCCUUUCUUGGAUUGUCAGGAAAGUGGAAACUGGUCCCAUCCUCUACCUUCUUGCGUUGAAAUCGUUGAGUCAGAGGGGCCCUGUGAUUCGGUCAGUUGCAAGGUGUGGCAGAAAUGUGAGACCGACUCAUCUGGUGUUGGUGUGUGUAGGUGUAUUAGUCACCAUUCCUGCCCUGUUACUGAUGAGCCAGUGGUUUGUGGGACAGACGGACGGAACUACACCAACUUGUGCCGGCUCAUGGCUCUCGCAUGUAUUCGGAACACUGGCGUAGAGGUAGCUUCCAGUAAUUGGUUCUGCAUCAAUGGUGUGCCUGAGCGUGCGUUGCUAACACCAACGCCAUUCAUUGAAAUCGAAGAGCCAAGCCAGUUAUCCUCCUUUGAGAGCACUUAUGAGGAAUCGCCUCCAUCUAUCCCAGAACCGGCCGUCCGUGAACCAAUUACCCUCCCGCCAAAUGAAGGACCUGUACUAGAGCCAGACACACCUUCAUUCUGUCAUGCCGGUGUAUGCCCUAGUAGCUCAGCAGCAGAAUUGAGCCAGGGCGCAACAGCAAUCGUCAUUGCUUACGCCGACAAUUGGGAUGCAGACCUUGGCAUCUUAAGGAUUCAAAUCUAUGAAGUGAUGGCGGGAGGGCUGCCAUCGUGGACAGAAGACUCUUACCAAGACGUUCUAAUUGAUGUGGGUGCUGCCUCAGAAAGGGGAUGUCUUUGCCCAUCCUUUCAAGCAGUAGACCCUGUCAUCAUACGCUUCAGUCAAAACUUGAGGCAGGAUGGAAAAGGCCAGCUCCUACACACCGACAUUGUACUCCCAUACUCUAGAGAUUUGUACCAUGAAAUAAGACUGUUAUUAGAAGAUUACAAGCCAUGCGGAGAGGCGGGGAAUGUACUCGUCGCUGGUGACAACCACCAAGCCAAUGAGAAGGCGUGGCCAUGGCUGUCAGUCAUCCAUCGGAACUCAUCUACCGGCUGGAAGAUGGCGUGUAGCGGUACGUUGCUAUGCCAACAGUGGGUACUGACCACGUCCUCCUGCUUUGCAAAUAUCGAUGAUGCUGAAGUCAUUGGCGAGAUGCUGGUGACGAUAGAUCUAGAGGACUCACAAUUCAUACCAGAAGAAAUAAAGGUCACGGUCACCAUGGGAGAGUACAACCGCUCGCUAGGAGAGGGAUGCGAACAGACGAUCCAAGUCGAUCGGAUCGUCCUGCACGAUCAGUUCGACUAUGAGAAUAUCCACGACUAUGACAUCGCUCUCUUGCAUCUCAGUGAGCCGGUUGAGCUCAACAGUUGUGCCAGGACUAUUUGUCUACCUUCCGAAACGGAUUCUCCUCAUGAACCCAAAGUAGUGGGAUGGGGCACAGCCUCGGGGCUUCCCCAGAAUGCCCACGAUGUUCCUCUCCAAUUCCCGAUGCCGCUGGCUGAUCAAGCCGAAUGUCGUGUGGACCACGCAAGAGAUGGAUUUGACGUGACAGAUAGGAUGCUUUGUGCGGGAGAAGGCCUCGGAACGGACAUUCGUUGUCAUGGCGACAGUGGAUCACCGCUAAUGUACCAGAGGAGUGGAGAUGACAAGUGGGCGCUGCUAGGCAUCAGCACGAAGGGGGAGUUGUGCUCUCGACGCAGUCGACACGGUAUCUUCACAAGGAUCGAACCGGGGUUUAAGGGAUGGAUCAACGGCGUGACUGAUGACUGCUUCAAUAAUCACAUCCCAACGGCGACCAUACUCAAUGCUUGAUAUCCAUCCCAUUAUCUCUCUUAUUCGUAUGGGUAAAGGCAGCGUUAAAUUAUCAUUCAGACCUUAUGGUGAGACUUUUCGAUUUUGGAGAACGACUGCUCUUUGCUUAUGAUGUACCUGCGGUUUACAGAUCAGCUAUAUUGUAGAGUUAAAGUAUAUACAUUCACAAGGAAGCAUGCAUAGCGACCGAGAGAGAGAUUUUUAAUGUUGAAAAGUAACACAUUCUUCUUUCUAAAGAGCACCUCAGCGUAUAGAUAGGCUUAGUUUGCUGUAGAUGUACGUCAUUAUUUACUACAAAAUAAUGUAUAUUUCUCUUUUUGUGUGUGUAAGUGUUCACCUGAGGGGGUGGGGCAAUCUUCCUGAAAUUGAAGAAAUCGGGGAGAUUUGUCCACCAGCCGUUGUAGUAAUGAUCCCCUAUACUUGCUAGGAUAUAUUUCAUUCCUCUUCUUUCAUUUUUAAAGAAAUGUCAUGAUAUUGUAUGAAGGCUAAAGCAAUUGAAACGUUUGUGUAUGAGAGGAAUCCUAAUUUUUAUGUAAUUUUGUUUUAUCGAAGAAACAAAUAUCUCUUGCAUUAAAAAGAUAGAUCAAAUGUACCUGGGAUGGGAAUUAGUAACGCAAUUUAGCUAUUAGAUGUAUUAAUCAUUUUUCUUGGCUACCUUUACGGAGGGCAUAGAAUGUGUACAUUUUUUCCCUCCCCCCCCCCCCCAAAAAAAAAAAUAUAUAAAUAGAUCCCCAAAGUACAAAACCUGAUAGGCCUGAAAAACUGUACUGAAAUUAUUCAACGGUGUUUGAUUGAACCAUCAGUGGAUUGAUUACUAAAAAGUGGCAGUGGAGAAUACAAAUAACUUGAAAGAAUGCCUUUUCCUUUUUUCCUCUCCUCUUUAUUUUCAUCCAUUUUCUUCUUUUUUUUUCGGGGCAGAAACCUUUUUCUUCCGUCUUUUCAAAUAUAAAUGUAUAAUGUAUUAUAAUGUGUGAUAUCAAAAUAACUGAAUAGUUAAUGGUUCAUUGGUAAUUUAAGUUUGGUCGAGGUUUACUAGUCCGUCGCCUUGUUUCAUAAAACUUGUUAUCAAUUUUCGGGGCAGAAACCUUUUUCUUCCGUCUUUUCAAAUAUAAAUGUAUAAUGUAUUAUAAUGUGUGAUAUCAAAAUAACUGAAUAGUUAAUGGUUCAUUGGUAAUUUAAGUUUGGUCGAGGUUUACUAGUCCGUCGCCCUGUUUCAUAAAACUUGUUAUCAAUAACAAAUGCUAAAUUCCUAUGACAAAUUUGCUCUCAGCCAAUCAAAUGCCACGAUUUCAGUAGCUUAUAAAUUAUCGUAACGUGUUAUUGAUGACAAAUUUUAUGAAACAGGGUCCAGAUAAACCGUUUAUGUAGCAUAAUCAAAUAUAUACUUAUCAUGCUGAGAUACGUGUACUGUUUCAUGGCUGCAACAUGUGUAUACGGGUCCAAUAUGACCAUCCACUAUGUGUUGUAUUACGUAAAUAAAGUAUGUAAAACUAUACCUAA